UUGGGAGUCAGGAGCAUUCACAAUAAUAUCAGGGUUUCCAAAUGUUUGCUAGAAUAGUAUUUAAUUUAUGUAAACAUUUAAGGAAAAGUUAACACCAAAAUAAUAUAAUAAAAAUGACUCUGUUUUACAUGUUAACCAGUUGAAGUCCUCCCAUUCCAUCCUGGAGACUCUUGUCCAAACAGGGUUGUUUUGCUCGAGGCUCUUGAACGCUCACUAAAGGUACCCGGUGGGCGGAGCCACAGCACGGUCACUUCCGCAACAACUCAGAUCGGAGAGGUUAAAAGCAGAAGAGCUUUCACUCUGCUCCAUUUUUCUUGCUCUGAAAUUUAUGGGCAGAUUGUCUCGUGUCAUCCACCAGUAGACUACUUACAAUCAAAAACAACCGUAUCGAGCUGACACAUGAAAUAACAGCUCAUAACAACAUUUCAGGACAACUCAGGUGGCUUUUCUGAUCAUUUGAGAAUUGUGAAGGUUUUUAGGAGGACUUCAUCUUCAUCAAGGCAGCGGACAGGACACCGGAAGUCUUUCCUUCAAAAUAAAAAAGUAGGUGAAACAUGUUUUCCAGAGGAGCUACUCACCAUAUUGUCUCUGGAUGAUGGUGACGAUGACCAGAUAACAACAUGGGCCUCACAGUAGCUGUGAGUUGCUCUGUGUCGUUCAUCCUCCUGGACGUGUUGGUGACGACUGUCCUGUACGUACAUGGAUCACACUUGAGCUUAUUCAAAGAGGAAACACUGAACUUUAACGUCCUCGAGUCAACGUUGGACCUCUGGUUGAUGGCCCUGCUCAGAGCCUGCCUCCUGCUGGGAGCCACCAUAGGGGUGUCAUAUAAUAGAGAGGACGGUCCUCGGAGGGCAGCUAAAUCCACCCCACUCACUGUCUUCAUCUGUUUGAUCGUCAUCACCUACACCCUGGCCAAGCUGCUGAUACUGAUGGAGCCAGCUGAGGGAGCUCCGGUGCUGACCCAGCGGCCCUGGGUCCUGAGCUUGAUAUGUUGGACUUGUGCCUCCUCUGUGGGUGUCAUGCUGUUUUGGAGGCUGCUGGGGAUGCAGUCCAAAACAGCGAGCAAUCGCAGAAGCAGUGAGCGAAGAGGGGGCUCUGAGGACACUGAGAAGCUCAUGGAGGGAGCUGGUGAGGAGGAGCAGGAGGUGGAGAGCGAGAGGAGGAGGAAGAUGAAGGAGGAGAAGGAGAAGGAGAAGACGAGCUCUGGGGCGACACUGGGACGUCUGCUGGCCUACUCCAGGAAGGACGGUGGGCUGCUGCUUGUAGCCGCCCUCGCCCUCCUCAUCUCCGCUGUGUGUGAGGUCUUCAUACCUUACUGGUACGGGAAGGCUAUAGACAGCAUUGUGGUCCAGCAGAGCAUGGCGCAUCUUGCUAAGCCGGUGCUCGCACUGUUCACACUGGCCUUAGUCAGCUCACUCGCAAUGGGAGUACGUGGAGGAGUCUUCACCUUGACGAUGGCCAGAUUAAACCUUCGCCUCAGGAACUGUCUCUUCAGAACUCUGAUGAAGCAGGAGAUCGCCUUUUUUGAUGAGAACCACACAGGUGACAUCCUAUCACGUCUGUCAGCUGACACCACCCAGGUGAGCAACCUCAUCUCCCAGAACGUCAACAUCUUCCUGCGGAACGCCAUCAAGGGCGCCGGCGACUUCAUCGUCAUGUGUGGGAUGUCCUGGCGGCUCUCACUGGUGACCGUCAUGGGAUUCCCUUUCAUCGCCCUCGUCUCUCAACUUUAUGGAGAAUACUACAAGAAAUUAACCAAAGAGGUGCAAACAACACUAGCAGAGGCCAAUAAAGUUGCAGAGGAAACAAUUUCAGCCAUGAGAACAGUACGAAGCUUUGCUAACGAGGUCGGGGAGGCGGACUCGUACUAUGCCAAGCUUCUGGUCAUGUACCGGCUCAACAAAAAAGAAGCGCUGGCAUACGCCUGCUACAUGUGGUCCAGUUCUAUAUCAGAGCUCGCUCUACAAGUUGCUAUCCUCUACUAUGGCGGUCACCUCGUCGUAACAAACCAGAUGAGCAGUGGUGACUUGAUAGCUUUCUUCAUAUACAUGCUUGAACUGGGAGAGAGUCUGGAGAACAUAGCGUCAGUGUACACGGGCCUCAUGCAGGGAGUCGGAGCUGCUGAGAAGGUUUUUGAGUACCUGGACAGGGAGACCAAACACCCAGCCGAUGGCACGGAGGCUCCAGAAACCUGCACCGGUCUGGUUGAGUUCAAAGACGUCACAUUUGCAUACCCAAUGCGCCCUGAGACUGAUAUUCUCAAGGGAGUGUCGUUCACUCUGCCGCCCGGGAAGGUGACGGCACUCGUGGGACCUUCAGGCAGCGGAAAGAGCUCCUGUGUGAGUCUGCUGGAAAACUUCUAUGUUCCUCAGCAAGGCCAGGUGCUGCUGGAUGGAAAGCCGGUGCACAGCUUUAGGCACGACUACUUGCACUCCACGGUUUCUCUGGUGGGCCAAGAGCCGGUGCUGUUUGCUCGGACAGUCAAGGAGAACAUCACCUAUGGCCUGACGGACAUCCCAGUGGAGGAUGUGAUGCAGGCUGCCACCAAGGCUAAUGCUCACGAUUUUAUCACCACCCUCCCUAAAGGCUAUGAGACAAGUGUUGGAGAGAAAGGCGCCCAGCUGUCAGGGGGACAGAAACAGAGGGUGGCCAUCGCAAGAGCUCUGAUCCGUAACCCUCGUGUCCUUAUCCUGGACGAGGCGACCAGCGCCCUGGAUACAGAGAGUGAGCACAUGGUCCAGGAGGCUCUGAACAACAUCAUGCAAGAGCACACGGUGUUGGUGAUCGCCCACCGGCUCAGCACGGUGGAGAAGGCAGACAAUAUCAUUGUAAUCGACAAGGGACACGUGGCCGAGCAGGGGUCUCACAGUCAGCUGAUGGCCGGUGGGGGGCUGUACUGUAAGCUGGUGCAGAGGCAGGUCCUAGGCAUCGAGACAGGGGAGAAGGACCUCAGCCCGUCUGACAAACUCAACUGGAGGUCAGAUGGUGGAAAGCAGCGGAGACGACAAAGCAGCAGCAGCAGCGCCAGUGGAUCUGAGCACAACCUGCGCUACUGAGGAAGAUCUGCAGUGAGUGGAAAUGGACUGGAGGAUGUUUCUGAGGGCUCGUAGAUUUUUGGAUAUUUUGUGCAGCUGUUCAGUAGCCUGGAGUCUAAUAAUUUUCAUGAAAACAGAAAAAAAGAUUAGACAGACAGACUGCUUCAAACACUCCAAAUAAUGGUUUCUAAUAUCAUGGUGAAUUAAGUGGCAUUAUUCAGUUAAAUAUAUGGAGCUGAAUGUAUCGAAACAUAUCGGAGGAUGUUGUGUUUCUUUUUAAGAAAGCUCUGUAACGACUACAAAGAGAAGACACCUUUAUCUGUUGCUCUGAAAACAUUAUACAGAUUUAUUCUGUUGUGAGAGUAAAUCAAUUAAUGACACUAGAGAUAUAUGAUGUAUAAAUCACUGUAAAUGAAAAACACAUGUUUCCAAGAUAGACUGCAUGUUGGCCUUUAUGGAAACAGACAUGUUGGCUUAAAACCAAAUGCUGCGUUUAAUGUCUCCUUGUAAACCCCACUAUCAGAUAUCAGUCGAUGCACACUUGGACUGUGACACACUGGUUGUGUUUUCAAAGUCACUAUUACUACCUGUGGUUUUGUCAUUGCACAGUGAAAUACAAUAAAAUAUAUUCUUUUAAACCAGAUACAAA